GAUGCCUCUGGUGACAGGACAGGGAGCUUCUGGCACUGUAUGAGGAACAGGAGGGUCAUUUCUAGAUUGUUAUAGAGUUGGUCUGGGCAUGGGGGUCGGGGGAGGCUUGGGAAGAUUGGGAAAGGAUGAGGAGGUAUCUGAAUCUAUUUUGUAGCUGGUCUGGGAGCUUUUAAAGUACUGCUAUGAGGCUCUGGUGAGUUCUUGAGAGUGGCUCUCAAAGGGAGCUCUAGAAUGGAGGUUUUCAAAGAGAAGUCUGUGACUGGUCCAUGGAUGAGAUAAGGAGGUCCCCGUCAAAGAAGGAUUCUUAACCUUAGCACUAUUGACAUUUGGGGCUGGAUGAUUGUUGUGGGGUGGUCCUGGGCACUGUCAGGUUCGACCUAACAGGUGCCAGUGUCUCCCCCGAGUUGUAACAAUCAAAAGUGUCUCUAGGUAUUGUCAAUGUCACCAGGGGUGGGGGGCAAAAUCACACUUCCCACCCCGUGCCAACUGGGUUGAGAACCUUGAUCUAGAAUGUAGAUCACCUUGUUUAGUUCAGCAGACAAUUUUUUUCCAUAGGUAGACUUUCUCAAGGAAGGAAGCAGGAUGCUUAUUUCCAUUCUGGCACAGCCUUCUUAUCUCAUCAUGGACUGGCCCUUUGAGUCGCCCUGUCCCAGAACAGGAGGCUCUAAAGUUGCCCUGGCCCAUCUGGAGGGAGGUCCCAGGAGAGUGUGACAGGAUGGGGUCCUAGAUCUGCCCUGGAGCAGGACAGUGAACUCUGAGAGCCAUGAGCAGGUUAGAAAGAGCCAAUUCUAGAGCAAGGAGCUUUCUAGAUUGACCCUCUGGGCACAAGGAGAAUCUUAACCAGUCUCUUCUAGAGAAAGUCAUUUUGAGAGGAGGAGGGAAAUUUGAGGGAAGAAAGGAUUCUCAAGCAUGGUCCCUGAGGAUUCACCCAUGGACAUAAGGAGGACUUUGAAGGGUAGGAAGGUUCUAGAAAGGCUCAGCUGGUGGCUUCUGAGUGUUUAGGAAGAUAUGGAUCUGCCCAGAACACAUGCACCUCCCCCACUCUGUCCCCUCCAGAUAUGAUCGGCCAGAGGAGCCGGAGCAGCAAAUGCCCCGUGGAGGCAAAAGUCAGCAGCGGGAGGGAGACCCUGCGGCUUCGGUCUGGGGGGGCCGCCACCGUGGAGGAAGUGCCUAGUGAAUUUGAGGAAGAGGCAUCUCGGAGGGUAGAUGACCUGCUGGAGAGCUACAUGGGCAUUCGGGACCCAGAGCUGGGUAAGGGGCCAGGCGUCCACCAUGGUGGAGACAUCCAAGAAGACAGUGAGUGUCCAGGAGUUUGCACGCCAUUUAGACUCCGUCUUGGGCGAGUUCGCCUUCCCGGACGAGUUUGUGGUGGAGGUGUGGGCCGCCAUCGGCGAGGCCAGGGAGGCCUGUGGCUAGUCUGCCCCGGGGCCGAGCGCAGCCCCAGCCCGGAGCCCAGCCCCCUGCCCCAGCCCUCCCGGCCAGUUCCCCAAGCCCAGCCCUGCUCUGGAGUCCAGAAGCCCAGAUCUGAGACCCAGCCCUGCUCUAGAACCCAGCUCAGCUCAGAGACCAAGCCCAGAUCUGAGACUGGCAUCACCUCUAGAACCCACACCAGUUUUGAGAGCGAGUCCAGCCCUGAGACUCGGCCAUGCUCUAGAACCCAGCUCAGCUUGGAGACCAAGCCCAGAUCUGAGACUGGUAUCACCUCUAGAACCCAUGCCAGUUUUGAGACCAAGCCCAGCCCUGAGACUCGGCCAUGCUCUAGAACCCAGCCCAGCUCAGAGACCAAGCCCAGAUCUGAGACCCAGCCCUGCCCUAGAACCCAGCUCAGCUCGGAGACCAAGCUCCCCUCUAGAGCCAAGGCCAGCUCUGAGACCAAGUUCAUCUCUAGAACCCAUACCAGUUUUGAGACCAAGCCCAGCUCUGAGACCAAGCCCUCCUCUGGAACCCAGGCCAGCUCUGAGGUCCAGUUCAUCACUAGAACCCAAUCCAGUUCUGAGAUGCAACCCAGAUCCAGAACCCAGCUCUCCUCUAGAACCCAGGACAGCUCUGAGGCUAAGCUGAGCUCUGAUAUAAAGUCAAGUUUGGGAACCCAGACAAGUUUUAAGAGCCACCCCAGCUCUGAAAUCAAACCUAGUUCUGAAAGCCAGGCCAGCUUUAUGACCCAGCCCUGCCUUAAAACUCGACCCAACUCUGGAACGCAAGACAGCUCCAUGACCCAGCUGUACCUGGACACCUGGUCUAGCUCAGAAACGCCAGUUAGUUCUGCAACCCAGGUGAGACUCAAGAAGCAGCCCAGUUCCAGAAGCCACAUCAGCUCAGGAUUCAAAGACAGUUCCCAAACCCAACCCUAUUCUCAUGCCCAGACCAGCUCAGGAACCCAGAUGCAUGCUGCAGAGCAGCCCAGGUCCAGACCCCACCCCCAUACUAGGGCCCAGUCCAGCUCCAGUGAUGAGUCCAGCUCAGAGACUGAGCCCAGCUCUAGACCCCAGACUAGUGCAACAAGCAGGCCUGUCUCCAGAAUUCAGACAUGCUCUGGACCCCCAUCCAUCCCUGGGGCAAGGCCCGCCUCCAGAGCUCCACUUGAUGCCAAGCCCCGCCCUCACUGCAGAACACAGAGCAGCUCUAGAACGUCAUCCAGCUCUGGGACCCAGACAGACUUCAAGGCUUGGCCGAUUUCCAGAGUUCAGUCUAGCUCAGGCACCCCACCCAGCUCCAGAACUCAGCUCAGUUCUAGAGAACAGGCUGGCUCUGAAAUCCCAUCCAGCUCUAAAACACAGUCAACUGCUGAGACCCACUUGAGUUCCAGAAUCCAACUAGAGUCUGGUCCUGGGACCCAGACCAAUGCAGCAAUAGACUUAAGCUCCACAGCUCUGUCGAGCUCUGAGAGCAGGCCCAGCUCCAGGACCCAGCCCUGCCUGGGAGCUCAAAAAACCUCUGGGACCCAGCUCAUCUCAGAAACCCUGCCAAGCUCUAGAAAGCAACUCCAGGCCACGCCCCCAGGCAGCUCUGGUAUUGAGCCGGACUUUGGGAGACAGACCAGCUCUGGAACUCAGCUCAUCUCUAGAGCCCAGCCCAGCUCUGGGACCCAGACCAGUGCAAGAAUUCAGCCCAGCUCUGGAGCCCAGCUGUGCUCCAGAACCCAGUUCAGCUCUAGAACUCAGUUCAGAUCUGAGACUCACCACAGCUCUGAAACCCAGACCAGUUCAAGAACCCAGCCCAGCUCUGGAAUCCACCUCAGUUCCAGAACCGAAUCUGUUUCUGAAACCCAAUCCAGCUCCAGAAGCCAGACCAGCUCAAGAAUCCAGCUCAGCUCUAGAAAUGGGCUCCGCCCACAGACCCCUGGCCUUGACCCCAGAACCCAGCCUGAUCCCACUCCCCCAGCCCGACCUCAACACCCAGGCCCACCACCCAGAGCCCCACCUCCAGGUCCUAGGAGGGUCUCUCACCCUCAGCCCCAUGAUCUGGUUCAAGGAGCCCAGGCCGAUACUGGCCCAGGCCGAAGCCCAUCCACUUCUGCCCUGGUGCCACAGCCGUGGUCCCCCUCCGCCCCGCAGAAACCAGCCCUUCCCCCCAAGCCCCAGCUGGGACCCCAGAAGUCCACCCUGCCCACCAAAUCUGUCAUCCCUAGUUCUGCCACCAGGGCGGCCCUCCUGCAUUCCCAGCCCCCUGAACCCUCAGCUCGGGGGCCUGCCCCCUCUGCCAUGCUCAGGGAGCCAGGACCGGCUCCGCAGGCGUCAGAGCCCCUCCCCUACCAUGGGGGGCUAUAGCUUGGGGGUGACAUACUUGUGGCCCCCAUGCCCUCUCCUGCCCCUCCCAGCCUGGGUCCCCCAGAAGCAGCAGGUGACCUCAUUCCCCCACAGGCGGGGUGGGGGGGGUGAGGGAGGGUGGACACAGGGGCUUCGGUUUCA